UAAGCAACUGCUUUCUUUGCACCUCGUUUUCGGAAUGCACCGAAGUUCUUGAUAAAUAUAUUUACUUUUUAUAUUUCAGAUCCAAACACUGAAAGAAAUCUGUAUCUUCAGCAUCGGUGCCGGUUUAUGUGAUCAAGGAUUAUUUGAACCCCAAUAGUAUGGUCAUGGGGAAGUAUUCCCGAGUGGAUGGGAAGAAGUCGUCCAACUGCUGUUCAACAAUCACUGUAGUUGUGGUUGUUUCUUUUUGCCUAGUUGGGGCUUGGAUGCUAAUGUCGUCGUCUGUUGUUCCAAUUCAAAUUUUGGAGUCGUUAUCUGAGGAAACUAUAAAAGAGGUGAAGAGAACAAAUGAAAUUGAUUCUAAGAAAUUUGAAGACAAUUCAGGUGAUUUGCUUGCAGAUACCACAACAGGGGAUGACAGCUCGAGUGAUACUCAAACUGAAAGCCAAUCUGAUACCCGACAUGACCAAAAUGUUGCCUUAAAAGAGUCUGAGAAUGCAGCUGAGUAUAGACAGUAUAGACAGGAAGAUAGCAAUAAUACAGUCGAGGAAAACCAAGAAGAGAAUGAGAAUCAGAACGGUGAGUCUGAAAUGCAGCAAAGCAAGGACUUUGAAAAUCGUGAUGAAAGAGAGGAAGAUGGAAAAUCGAAUUCAGGUGUAGAGUCAAAUGCAGAAGAUGGAGAAACAGAGACAGCAAUUAGUGGAAAAAAUCCCCUGCGGCAGACAGAAGCUGGAGAGAGUUUGGAUGGCAGUGAAUCAAAGAACGAUAACAGUGAGAGGAUCUCAGCUACAGGGGAGUCUGCAGAUGCAAUGAGUCAGGAAAACUUAACGGCCAUUCAAAAAGAAGAUAAUGUUGAUGGGAAUAUCAUGGAAAAUCAGGUGAAAGAUAAGUUUUCAAAUGAGGUUUCCUCUGCAGGUAGCCAUUCAGAACUUCUAAUUGAUACUGAUUCCCAAAAUGGGGGGGCAUGGUCAACUCAAGCAGCGGAGUCACGGAAUCAAAAGAAGUUACAAAAAUCUCCGAUAUCUGUCUAUCAAGAUGGAGAUGGCUGGAAAAUCUGUAAUGUUACUGCUGGACCUGACUACAUACCAUGCCUUGACAACUGGCAUGCUAUUAGAAGGCUUUCAAGUACUCGACACUAUGAACAUCGAGAGAGGCACUGUCCUGCUGAAGCUCCUACUUGCCUUGUCUUUUUACCCGAGGGAUAUAGACGUCCAAUUAGGUGGCCUGAAAGCAGGGACAAGAUAUGGUUCUAUAACAUUCCCCAUACCAAGCUUGCAGAGGUGAAGGGGCACCAAAAUUGGGUAAAGGUUACUGGUCAAUUUCUAGCUUUUCCUGGUGGCGGAACUCAGUUUAAGCACGGUGCUCUUCAUUACAUUGAUUUCAUUCAAAAGUCUCAUCCAGAUAUUGCAUGGGGGAAAAGAAGUCGUGUGAUGUUAGAUGUUGGGUGUGGAGUCGCUAGCUUUGGAGGCUAUCUUUUUGAAAGGGAUGUUCUUGCAAUGUCAUUUGCACCCAAAGAUGAGCAUGAAGCCCAAGUGCAAUUUGCACUUGAAAGAGGGAUCCCUGCCAUAUCAGCUGUUAUGGGCACUAAGAGGCUACCCUUUCCCAGUUCCGUUUUUGACGUUGUCCACUGUGCCCGCUGUAGGGUUCCUUGGCACGUGGAAGGUGGUAAACUUCUCUUGGAGCUCGACCGUGUCCUGCGACCUGGUGGCUAUUUUAUUUGGUCUGCAACUCCAGUUUACCAGAAGCUUCCUGAGGAUGUUGGCAUUUGGAAAGCGAUGUCUAAGCUAACAAAGUCAAUGUGCUGGGAUCUGAAGGUGGUCUCAAAGGAUAAAUUAAAUGGUGUAGCUGCAGCUUUCUAUAGAAAGCCAACUUCCAAUGAAUGCUACAAUCAAAGAGCCAAAAAUGAACCUCCACUUUGUAAAGAAUCAGAUGCUCCAAAUGCAGCCUAGAAUGUACCACUUGAAGCGUGCAUGCAUAAAGUACCUGAAGAUGUAUCAGAACGUGGAUCUCGUUGGCCUAAACAGUGGCCUCUAAGGUUGGAGAAACCACCCUACUGGCUGAAUUCACAAACUGGAGUUUAUGGUAGAGCUGCCCCGGAUGAUUUCGUUACUGACUAUGAGCACUGGAAACGCAUUUUCUCUCAAUCUUGUCUGAAUGGAAUGGGCAUCAACUGGUCUUAUGUGAGGAAUGUCAUGGACAUGAGAGCUGUCUAUGGGGGGUUUGCAGCGGCACUGAAAGAUCUGAAGGUUUGGGUGAUGAACAUUGUCCCAAUUGACUCUCCAGCCACACUUCCAAUCAUUUAUGAACGCGGUUUGUUAGGAAUGUACCAUGAUUGGUGUGAAUCUUUCAAUACCUACCCCAGAACAUAUGAUCUUCUUCAUGCUGACCAUCUGUUCUCCAGUCUCGGACAGAGGUGCAACUUGGUGGUGGUAAUUGCAGAAGUUGAUAGGAUUUUAAGGCCUGAAGGAACGCUGAUUGUCCGUGAUAAUGCCAAAACCGUAAGUGAGGUUGAGACCUUGGUAAAAUCUCUGCAAUGGGAGGUCAGAAUGACUUUCUCAAAAAACAAUGAAGGAUUGCUUUGUGUUCAGAAGACAAAGUGGCGUCCUAAAGCGGUUGAAACGAUUUGGUCUGCCAUUGCUUGAAAACAAUACCUCACUUGGUCUGCCAUUCACAUCAUAGAUAUUCUAUAAUAGAUUCUGCAGUAGUGUCUCCCCAAAAACACACAAUUAUACAGCUGGUUAGUCUAUAACACCCUUGUAUUCUUCAAAAUUGAAUGUCAUUUUACUUUUGCCAGAUCAAUUAAAGGGAUUAGUAUCACAACCCUAAGGGUUUG